CAUCCAUCCAUCCACACAUCCAUCCAUCCAUCCACACAUCCGUCCAUCCACAUGUCCACCCAUCCAUCCACAUAUCCAUCCAUCCAUCAUCCAUCCAUCUAUCCAUCCACACAUCCAUCCAUCCAUCCAUCCAUCCACACAUCCAUCCAUCCAUCCACACAUCCGUCCAUCCAUCCACACAUCCGUCCAUCCACAUGUCCAUCCAUCCAUCCACAUAUCCAUUCAUCCAUCAUCCAUCCAUCCAUCCAUCCAUCCACACAUCCGUCCAUCCAUCCACACAUCCGUCCAUCCACAUGUCCAUCCAUCCAUCCACAUAUCCAUUCAUCCAUCAUCCAUCCAUCCAUCCAUCCACACAUCCAUCCAUCCAUCCAUCCACACAUCCAUCCAUCCAUCCAUCCAUCCAUCCACACAGCCAUCCAUCCAUCAUCCAUCCACACAUCCAUCCAUCCAUCCAUCCACACAUCCAUCCAUCCAUCAUCCAUCCAUCCAUCCACACAUCCAUCCAUCCAUCCAUCUAUCAUCCACCCAUCCAUCCAUCCAUCCAUCCAUCCACACAUCCAUCCAUCCAUCAUCCAUCCAUCCUUUCAUCUGUCCAUCCAUCCAUCCCAUGGUUAUUGA